GCUAAACAAUACUUCUCGAAACCUUUAUCGAGAUUAAGGAACCCAAGAGCCCGCAAAUUGGAAACUAUUUUUUGUGUUUAGUGGAAGUUGAAACGUUCAACAAGUUGUUAAUUAUCUGCGAGUAUCUUUUCAGUCCUUUGAUGGCCGAGCGUUUGGAUUGUUAUGAGGAAUUUAGUGACAUUUGUGGAGGUGUGAAGCCAUAGAUGUGUAAGGAUUCUCGCUACAUUUCGAACGUGUUAUCGGUGUUGAUGUUCAUUUGGUGAACGAAAUUUAUCAUGCUGGACAUUUUGUAUAGCAGUUUGAGUGUUUCGACAAAACAUUCUCGUUCGCCUUUUUAUUUUACAAGCAAAUAUACCGUGGAUCAGGAACGAUGAGGAAUUUUAUGUAGCAAGUAUAUUAAUUGGAAUUUCCUCGAUACGACAUGCAGCCGAGUUAUAAACCGUUCAAAGGGAAUCUCGUUCGAACGGUCGAUUUAUACCGACGGACUGGCGGAUUUGGUUUCACGCUGUCAAGCCAGGGACCAUGUGUACUCAGCUGUAUUAUAGCUGGAAGUCCCGCUCACAGGGCAGGCCUGAAACCAGGUGACGAGAUAAUCGAAGUUAAUGGGGCUUCCGUGGAAAGUGCUCCGCAUGAACAAGUUGUCAAACUCAUUGCGCGCUCUCCGGAUGGGAUGGUUCAACUUGGGGUUCGUAACCGGUCAGAAUUGCAAAGGUUAAGAAUGAACGAAACGAAAAUCAACGCGGAAAAUCAAGAAGAAACAGUGAUAAACGAAACGAUAUUGAAUCGAGUUGAUAAAGUCGUUGAGGAAUUGAAGUCGGGUCAACUAUUCGGGGAUUCGCCGUCGCUAAACAGUUCUUUAUCCAACGGAAAAUUUAUAUCUGAAGAUGAUAUCGUUACGGAUGAAGAAUUAAAAGCUUCUUUUUGUGAAAGUAUUAGGUCUGAAAGCUCUGUUCCUGGUUCCUCUCCUGCUCAGAGUUACGCGAGUAGCAGGCGAUCUAGCGAGGGAGAUGUUGCGUCAAAUAGUUCAUCAUCUCCGAUGUUAUCUCGACUCCUUUAUCCUAAAAUGACGCCGUUGAAAGGUUGUGAUCAGGCAGAUAUCGACCUAGAACCGGAACUUCGAUCUAUUGUAGGCUAUUUAGGUUCUAUUGAACUGCCCGCAGCGUCAAGUCUUCCAGCCGCAAGUCUGAGUGCAAUAAGAAAUUGUGUUCGACGUCUUCGAGCACAACAAAAAGUUCAUGUGUUUUUUCUCAUGGAAGUCUCUUUAAUCGGGAUAAAGCUCUUGGAUAACGAGAAGAGAGCUGUUGUUACGUACCCCAUUAAGUCCUUGGCAUUUACUGGACUCUGCUCUGACGAUAAAAGAGUGUUUGGUAUAGUCACCAGAAAAACUAAUGAACCAUCUGCAGAUAAGUUCAAUAAUGCCUCCAGUAACUGGCAGGUUCAAAAUAAUCACAAAACUGACAUCCAAAGCACUGUAAAUUGUUCUUGUCAUGUUUUCUCAGUGAAUCCAGAGCUCAAUUCUCAUCAAGCUCAUCAGCAUCUUGCUGAUAAGUAUGGAAUACAAUGUACCGAGGAUGCGAAGGGAGGUUGUACUGAAUUUCCUGCCUCUUCUAGCCCUGUCCUGAAAGCCAUCACUGGCAUGUUCAAGGAGAGAACAGGGUCAGAGUCUGGUGGAGCAAGUAGUGAUGGUGAAAGAAGGGGACGGUCUUUGUCAUUAUCAUCUAGCCAAUCAGAGUCAGAUGGGGUAUUCCGACAACCAUUUGAUGAUGAGAACUCGACAAGUGAACCUCCAACAGUUAAUUUUAUUACCAGUCACAUGGUAAAUGGAUUGCCACUGGAUAUUGAUUCUUUUCAGAUGCAAGAACAGACCACACAAAAUGACUUAAAACCUCUGAAAAGAGUGGACCAGCAAGGGUUGCAUGAAGCUGUUACAUCAUUUAAUGAACAGUUUAAAAAUACAGAGCGAAAUGAUUCAGGUGUUGGUUCUGAUUCCUUCCCUGAAGCUGUGAAUAAUGUUUCAACUUCACAGGGUGAUAACUUGAGCCGACCUGCUCCUCCUGUGGUGAAUGUGUCCUCAUUUCAUUCUCGCGAGAGUUCAGCUGAUUCUCAAAUGUCCUUGGGGUCACACCACAGUUCACUGGCUGGUACUUUAACUGAAGUUGGAAUAGCUGGUAAAUCUCAGCAUAGUUCACAAAUUGGACCAGUUGGAACAAAGGAUCCAUCUCUAAGUAACUCUCAAGAGUCUUUGGCACAUUCAGAUAUAGUUGUAGGAGCAACCCAAAGCAGAAAGACGUUAAUUGCCAGUGCAAGUAUCAGUUCGAGCACUCCAAGUAUUCACAGUCUGAGUAGCAUGCCUGGCGAUAUGUCUCAGGUGGAUGGCAGAGUUGGAAGAUGGGCUCUUGGGUUUGACAAGCUCAUGGAAGAUCCUGCUGGAUUGGGCUGUUUCAAGGAAUUCUUGAAGAAAGAAUUUAGCGAUGAAAACAUUGUUUUCUGGAUUGCUUGUGAAAACUUCAGGAAUAUCUCAGAUUUUGAAGAGCUGAAAAUGGAAGCAGAGAGCAUCUUCCACAAUCAUCUUACUGCAAAUGCUCCCCUGCCUGUCAACAUCGAUAGCUGUGCUGUCAGAGAUGCUGAGGAGCAACUGCAGAAUCCAAACAGUGAUAUGUUUCGCCUUCAACAGCAGCAGGUCUAUACUCUCAUGAAAUUUGACAGUUAUCCUCGUUUUCUGAAGUCGGAUGUGUACAGACAGAGUCUUGUGGCUGAAAUGGAAAGAGGGCAUCUCCCUUGUGAAGACGGAGAAGAGGAGAGAGAAAUGAAAAGCAGAGGAAGCUUCUUUUGGAAGGUUCCACUGCUAAAUCCUUCUUCUGAAGAAUCUGAAUUUUCCAGCAGCAGCAGUCGAAGCAGUUUUAGUCUUGAAGGACAGCGUUCAGGACGCAGCUGGGGAAGUAAACACAGCAGCAAAAGAUCCACUUCAGGGAUGGACGGCGACAAGAAAAAGUCGAUUCUACCUUGGAAAGGAAAACACGUCAAAAAAGGUGACAGAUCUUUUGGCAGCCAACCUGGCAGUGCUCGAAGUUCUCUCUCCUCGCUGUCGGAUUCAGUCCCACGUUUUAGUUAUUCGACAGAGUCUCUAAAUGUGGAUCAGAGGAGGGAAAGUGAGUCAUUCCAGUUCUGUAGAGUGAUAUUACCGGACCAUUCAUCCACCAUUCUACUUUGCAAGGAAGGUCAAACCUUACGCCAAGCCCUAAUGCAACUGUGCGAAAGAAGACACCUCUCACUUGUCGCAAAUGAGGUGUUUCUUGGCGGCGGAGAUAAGCUUGUCCUUCUAGAGGAACUGGAUGAGGACAUGUCUAUCAUGGGCGGCAGAGAGGUGGUCCUGAUAUACAGAACGCUUUUCAGGUUGGAACUCCCGGAUGGUGAGAUCCUGUGCGUCAAGGUCAAACCCGAUCAGAGCGUGAAGGCUUGUUUGGAGCCCAUUCUCUAUCGUCAAGGAUUGUCUCCUAAUCAUGUGAUCACUCAUUUGGCGGGAUGCGAAGUGCCUUUGGACCCUGGUAUCCCAGCAGCCUCUAUUGAGCAUCAACUCGUAGUUGUGGAAACCGAGGAACAGCUUACAGGAAAUAUCAACGCUCAGUCUCCCCCUCGUCAAGUUCUUUCCACGCGCCCCCCGCGGCGGGAAAACAAAAGGAACACGUUUGACGAUCUCGCUUUUGAAGAGGUCAUGCGCGGUAAGAGACAAGCUCUUGGCGACGGACACUUUGACCAACUGGGAGUCUGGGUUCCUGAGUCUUCACCGAGCGAGGAUUCAUUGAAGGAGGAGCUGUACCGUGGAGAUGGAAGCUUUGGAAAGAGUUUAUUGAAGGCCCAAGGAUUGUUUGCAAGAAAGCGAAGAGAAGGCAGCGAACAGGAAAAGAUUGUAACAGUUGUUAGUAAAAGUGGCCGCUUCGGAAACGAAAAAACCUCUGAUGUGAAAGACUUCUUCGACCUCAUCAGCCGUGCUCAGGCAAACAGAAUGGAUGAUCAGAGAGGCGAACUAAAGGGAAACUUAGAGUUGCCAGAUUUUCUCAAAAUUCCAGCCAGCAAUAAGUCAGCUCAAGGAAAUGAGAAUUUCAAGGUACCUCAUCCUCCUCACGCUUUCAGAACUUCAGAGAGGAACGUAACGAAGCCUGUCUUGAAGAAAACACUAUCGACACCAAUCGAUCGUCCUGUAGAGAAAAUGGAUUUGAUGCAAGAGCUAGCCGCAAAGUUAUCAAAGAAAACGGAACCAACCAAGAAGAACCCAUCGCCGAGAGUUGAUCAGCAAACUGAACCGAACGAAAUUCUUCUAGACUUCAAUUUUAACUCAAGACCGCAACCGCAGCAGGCACAGAAUUCCCAGUUAGCUGUUAACUCAGAGGAGAAACAAAAACGCACACCGAGACCCAGAUCGUGUACAGAUGCCAAUGUGUACGCGAUGGAGGCUACUCCGCACGGGAUACGAGUUGAAACGAGCAAUCGCCCGCAACCUGUCGCUGACGCGGAACCUCGGAAGAACGUUGCUCAUGUUCACCCGUCAAUACGGCCACAAGCAUCGCAACCUGUCACUGUAAAUAGCUUGCGUGGAAUGCAUUACGCUACAAAUCCACGGCGCAAUACUGUGGAUCAAAUUAUGCAUAUUCCCUCUACAGGAAGCGUCAAACCGCAGGCAGUUGGAAGGGUUUCAUCUAAAUCCUCACAGAAUAUCAGAGACAUAUCACCUGCAAUCUACGAUGUGAGACCGGAUCCGAAUCACGAAGGGACAUUGUUGAAAGGGUAUGAUAAUUCGGUGAAAUAUUCAAGUACCCCCGUAGAUAUCCCUCAACGAAAACUUUUCUCGGCAUACAGUUUGCCCGAGGUGAACUCCCAGAGAGCUGAGGUACAUAUUCCAUCUGAAGGAGGCCCCCCUCCAGUUCCUCGGAGGACAGUUUCUAGUAUGGACCGCCGACCCCGACCUAAACCUAUUCACAACCCUAAGGAACUUUUAGCAGGACUUGAAAACACACCGGUGUCGUCGACUGAAAGAGUAGAAUCACCACCGAACCCUGAUAGUUCAAGAGUUGCAAGCCCUCCCCCUCCCCCUCCUACCCCACCCUCGGGCUCAAUGUAUGACCUUCAAAUAGCCGAUUUCUCUCCGCCUCCUUCGAUUUGUGCUUCACCAGAGAAAACCUCUCGCUCGCCCGAGGAUCGAGACACUAAAAGAUCCUCGCUGAUGUCAGACUCCCAAAAUAACACUCCACCAACCAGAGCUAACAGUGCAAGUUUUGCUGGGACCGUAGCGUAUGUUGACAUGCCAGGGAAAGAUUCCCAGAGACCUUUGAAUUACAUUAAACAGCCGAUCACGCCGAAUGUUAGAGUAAGCAGUUUGAACUCUUCCAAUUUGACAAAUUUAUCCCAACGCGUGUUAAGUGAGGACCGUCUGGAUGCAACCACACAGGCGUCCACUCUAGGUUCUGUGACGCCAACUGUUUCGAACUUAAACAAAACGAUCACGCCAUCUUCGGUAAACGAUAGGACUCUUGUCGAGGAAUCACUAUCAGAAAAUGUGACUCCGCAUGCGGGUCAAAGACCGUCAAUGGAAAGUGCAUCUAAACGGCUGAUAACCAACUCGGGAAGCGUGCCAAGAAGUAAAAGCACAGAUCAGGAGAAACGUAAAAGUCGCCAGGACAGCGAUAUUCCUAAGCUAGACCCUUACGUCACUUACGAAAAGGAAGACUUGCGAAUAACAUUCGUGUAAGAAAUUCACCUGUAACUACUUAUGAGGGAGAAAAGAGAGUUAAAGAUAUAUUGUGACCUGAAUAGUAAAGAGUUUACACCUUUUUUGCUGCAUUUUAAUAUUUCCCUAGCGUUACUGAUGACUUAUUUGAGUUUAUGAAUUUUAAUUAAUGAGAUUUUUAUGGAACUUCUGACAAUAUGAAUGAAUAUUAAUUUAAGUGAUCUUUAAGAUAUUGAGUUAAAGUCAGAGAAUCUGGAAUGGAUGAAUGGGAUGAGUUAGGUCGGCGGCGUUUACACUGGAAUACAGGCGAGCCUUAAGUGUAGCUAGCCUGAAGUGUGACGCUUCUCCUAGUGGAAAAUGAAGAUCCUUUUCUGAAGAGUAAAUAUUUCUUAUUUAUGUUACUAAGAAAUAGGCUUUUUAUGUAUUUUAUUGGCUAGCGAGAUGAAUCUAAUUUUGUUGUUCACGAUGAUGAUGACGUGUUUAUUUCCUUAUUGAAAAUCGAAGAACCACUUGUUUCCUAUAACUUGCUGUUUUCGUUGCAUGCGAUGAAGUAUGCAAUGGCGUAAAGGUCAUUAUGGCGUCACGCAUUCCACCUUUAAGUUUUGCGUGACAGCAAGAAAAUGUCGCCCUCAUGACUUUUGUAAUAAUCUUUAUGGGAGCAUAUUUUUUUAUAUCUUUCCUUCAAUACAACUUGUACCGUUCAAUAAUAUGGAAGGUAUUGUUUAAUUUUUUCAUGUUUUGGAGACUGAAUUUUUUCAGAAUGGUUAUUUGCUUAUUUAUGAGGUUGUCAACACUACGUUUUUUGGUCAUAUUUACCUUUUAGUUUGAAAGGCAGCCAAAGUGUAUAGUUUUGUACCAAAGAGGAAUCAAUUAUGAAAUACACUGAUUGAAAUUGUA